CAUAUUUGUCGUACUGGUGUCAAAUGUCAACUGUCAAAAAUAUACCUUUUCCAAAAUAUUAGAUUUUCUGGUGUUAUGGAAGUUAUUUCAGCAUUUUACACAUAUUACAAAUUAAUUCUACUAUCGUAGAAACAUUUUUAUAUCAAUACUUUAUUUUUAAUAAUAUUGUUUCUUACAAUUUGCAUAGUCCCUAUUAAACAAACAUGGCGGUCUCGGACACUGGAAAUGAAUUAAAAUUAUUAAAAAAGACAAAAAUCUCAGUGUUCGUUGAUGAAGUUCUGCCUGAUAUCUUAGUGGUUACUUAUGAAUUCGGUGUACAAAUUUUCAAAGGGGUUUUGCUUGACUCUACAAAAAGAAACCUUCCUUUAGGAGUUCAAACUAUAAAUCCAGCAUUUAGUGUGAAAUCAAAAAAACCUGAUGAUGAUCCUCUGUACACAGUCAACCAAAGAUUUGCUUAUAUGGACCCAAAUGCACCAAAAAAGAAGAAUAUCCAAAUGGGUAGCAAAUAUAAAAAUAACAAGAUGACUGUUAGAUUAAGACCACGACAAGUUUUAUGUUCAAAAUGCAAAGGUAUAUGCAAUGAAAACUCGGAAAAUGUAUCAAGAAAAAGAAAAAAUGAAGAAGAUCCCCCUGUUUCUCCCCCACCUGUAAUUAGAAGAGGAUUACAUGCUCCCAUUACCAGAUCAGUGAAUAUAUUGAACAAAAAAACUCAUAGAUCAAAGGAACCUACAUUAGUACCAAGGCUUACAAGAAUACAUUUUCAAGAAGAUGAAAUGAUAGGGCAUCAAUCAAUGAAUUCAAGAAAACUCCAAGAACGAAUAGAGCCUGAUAAUUCUCAAGAUUUGGUUAGGAAACAUUCCUCUGAUCAUUCAUCAGGUGAAGAAAAUGCUCACAUUUCUUCAAGAAGAAAAAGGUUAUUGCGAAAAAAGAGGAGCAUUAGUAGUCUUGAAGAUUGGGAAGAUACAAGUCAACAAGAAAACACAAAUAGAAGCAGCCAUAUUUCUCAAUCGAACAUAAACAGUGACUCUCAAAAUUGUUAUAAUAUAUCAACAAGGACUAUUAAAAUAUCUUAUGGACCCCAAGGUGAAGGUACAGUGCUCAAAAUACCAGCACAAAUUGACAAUGUUAAUGAUGAUUCAGAAGAGAAUGUUAACAAUGAGGAACAAAACAACAAACCAAUAGACGAUAAAGCAGCACGAAGAGCAUUGAAAAAGGCUAAAAAGGAAGCAAGAAAGAAAGUUCUACUUGGAGGAUCACCUUUAUAUCUUGGAGGAGGGUCACCUAGAUACACAAUAGGGAGUGCAUCACCAAGGCAAGGUUUAGGCAAUAAUUCACCUAGGUACAUGUGCACAGCAUAUGAAUUAAAUGUUCCAAGAAGAAGAAAACAUAAAAUGAAGCACAAAAAGAAACACAAAGAAGAUAAGGAUAGAAAGCAUAAGGAAGGAGAAGUAAGUUCAACCCAAGACGACUCAAAAGAACUAUAUAUUACUCAGAAGCUUUCAAUAAAUCUAAAACGUCUCAAUAAUACCUAUACCUCUUAUACGAAUUUAGAAAAAAAUGAGGAUAUUUCCAGUUCUGAUGAACAUAAUGAGACUGUUCCAAAUUUUCCCCCUUCUAACCCGCCACUGAUGCUAAGGAUAAAUACCCUCAGUAUUUCCAGUGCAGUAGGGGCCGAUGGAGUUCGUUUGCUGGUAGGUGAUGUAGUUUGGGGUAAAAUUCAUGGAUUUCCUUGGUGGCCAGGAAAGAUCUUAACGAUGACUAGUUGUGGAACUCAAGGAGCGCAAGCUCAUGUUGCAUGGUAUGGUUCUUCUACAUCUUCUGUGAUGCAGUGCGAUCAGCUCAGCCAUUACUUAGACAACUUUAAGAUUCGAUACAACAAAAAGAAGAAAGGGCCUUAUAAAGAAGCAAUCAAGCAAGCCACCAAUGAUGCCAGAGAAAACGCUGAAAACAGAGUGAGACAACCUCUUGGUAACUCACCCUCUCACAAUAUCAUUCAAGUCAUACCCCCUACUUUAGCGUCACCAAGAGAGAUCGAUGUGGUAUCUUAACAUUAAAGUGAACUUGUUUUUUUAACAUAAAAUGCUAUACAUACCUCUAUCAAAACAUCGAAAUUAACAUUUAGUUCAAUUUUGAAAUUUGAUUAAAACUUUAUUGACAAUAGUCAGAAAUAUUAUAUAAAAUCUUAAGCAUAAUCCAAAAAAAAAAAAUGACCAGAAAAUGAAUUCAAAUGUACUUUUUGUAUCUAUUUGUUUCAUUUUGAACACAAAUGUUUUUUAGGUAAAAUAUUUGUAUGCAAUACUGCCAUAUUAGUUUCAUUUAAAGAUUUAAUCCAAAAUGUAAAACUAUAUAUAUACAAGGGUGACUUAAAAUUUUUAUUUGCUCUAUAAAAUUAUGUACAGGGUGAUAAAAUUUGUAAUUAUUAUAAUACCGAUCUAUUUUUUUGGAAGGCUAAAAAUCUGUCGAAGUUUAUGUUGCUUAUUCAGCCUAUUUUGUAAACGAAACGCAUUGCAAUACAAGCUCUACAGGCUUUCCCAUCAACUCCUGAUACGCUUGACGAUAUUAACUGUAGAGCUCGUGUUACAUUUUUUUCUUUUACAAAGUAAUUUAAAAAUUGUUUUUUCUACCAAUUAAAAGGAAAAAGGGUACUUAAAACCUAAGUUAUAAUAAUUUGUAAUACAAAAGUAUACAUCAUAAUUACCUGUUAACAGAACUGUAUAUUUUUAGACACUACUUUAUCUAUAGUCUAUCCAAAUGGCAUGUCCACAGAGCUAUUGAUUUUUGAGAAUAAAAAAUAACGUUUUUUUCUACAGAACAUAUUUUCAAAAAGAAGAAACUAGUGUUUUACUAGAUGAGUAAGCACAUUUCAGGGCAAGCAGAACGUAAUGCAAGUCUUUUGUUAAGUAAAUUCCGAAUUAUAACUGCAAACAAUCCUUAUGCAUAGGCUAACCUGUAAUAGUUUGGCAACUAUGUGGAUAACAACGUGAAUGCUUGUAAUUUGUCUUUUGUAAACAAAAUUGGUCUAGUAGUUGUUCGUCAUUGCUUGAUAUACUAUUAAAAGAAAUGAAUUGCCGUUUUAGCGUCUAAACUUAGCGCACCAAAAAACCAUUCCAAUAAAAACUAACAUAGUUUAGCUAAAUGAAAACACCAUUUAUUGACAGAAUCGUGGUAGUCAGACAGAACAUGGUGGACGAGGUUUUCCUUACCUGUAAGUCAAAUGGCACCCAUCAAUUAUCUUUAAGUCGCCCCGGAGCGCCAGGGCAAAUAAUAACAGCCGUUCCUUCCCCUACACAAGUCGCUCAGUCAAUUUCAGAGGUUGAAAUUCACUCGUAAGGGGGUGAAUUAGGGAGACUAUUAUUAUUAUUAUUAUUAUUAUUAUUAUAUGCAUUGUAUUAUAACGAAAUUGCACAUUUUCUGGAACAGUUGAAGAAUAAAAUAUUUUAGUGUUUAAUGUGAUUUUUUCAUCCAUUACAUUCAUCACGAGUGUUUUUAGCUGUUAUGUUACCUUUCCCCAUUUUAUAAAUUAUUUUCAAUUUAUUUCCAUCUGGAUAUAUUGUCAGAUUGCGACUACCGCCCCCCAUUACUUGAUUUGCUCUUUGAAGCUAGGCCGAUCUAAUUUUAUUGCUAAAGCUUGCCGCUGGAAAGCAAAUGCCCUACUGCUCAACAAUAGAACCCACCAAUAUUAAAAUUUAUUAUUAUUAUUAUUAUUAUUUUUUUUUUUACUUCAAAAUGUUGAGAAUAUAUACCCCAGAGAAUAUAUAUCCCACCAAUCACCUAAAUAAAAUACGACUUUCCCAUUUUUCUUUCUGUUUUAACUUGAAAGUUAGCUUUUUGUCCUUUCAUCCAAACAGUCUGCCUUUCCUCCUAUGUGAUUCAAGCAUGGCGGCACUACAGUCCCAUGUGCUUAUUGAGCCACCAUUUUGGAUGUCACAUUUCUCCCCAUUGAAUGAGCUCGCUCACUCAUCCAAACGGUGACUGGUCUCACGCCACUUAAUUGUGAUCGGUGCCUAAAUACCUUUCAAGGUUUUUAUACACGAUCGGCCAUGAUGAGCCAUUGCAUAAUAGGCCAUCAUCGAUCCAAUCAUUGUGCUGUCAUCCACACGAUCGCUUGUGUUAUUUCUUUUCUGUCCAUUGUUCAAGGUUGAACUCGGUGGCGAGUUGGUUGCAGCUUGAAGCUACUGCUGUAUAUGUAAUUUGUUCAUAUAAUCGUAUAAACAAAGUUAAUAAUAAAAUUAUAAAGAAAAAGAUAAAAAGAAGAUGGUGAAUGAUAGCUGUCCAUCGUGAUCUUUGUGAGUUUUAAAUUUAGGCUUCCAUAACAUUGGCUCGCCCUGACAUAGCUCUUUAAAUUCAAACGUUUGUUCGUUAGUUCACAUCGCCAUUGUAAAUUCCUCAAUAAUUGCUUCUUAGUACCUACUACAUUCAAAUAGAAACUGAGAAAUCGGCGAUCGUGUGGACACACAAAAGCAACUACUGACUAUUAUCGACGAUCACUGCCAAUCAUGGCUGAUCACCGACAAAUAGGCCUUCCACACGAUGGUACCCGCCUAAGAUCACCCAUGAUGGCCGAUCGUGUAUAGGAACCAUAGUCAACCAGCGAUCCAGUGAAAUUUGGCAGGUAUAGGGGACCAUGUCAUUUGGAUAAGCUACAUAAUAGUGUAAUUAUGCUUUCUGUGGGGGAACUGAGUGUCCAGGCUAAAUUGUUAAUUUAUUAAAAACUAAUAUUUUGGAGAUUAUAAAACUGGAGGUGUGUAGAAAGGCACUGUUUUCAAAAGACGAGAUAUUGGUACCAUUGUAUAGAGUAAGUAUAACAUGUACUACAAUAUGACCGCAGAAUCCAAAAUAAUCACUUUACAAUUUACGUAAAUGUAUUAUUUUAAACAAAACAAAAAAACUAAAAAUGCAAUUUUUUUGGUUUUAUCCUAGGAAUUUUUUUCCACUACAAAACUUUUAAAACAAAAAAAGUUAUUUUUUAUAAAAGUUUAUAAAAUGUGUGUAGAUCAUAACAAAACGUCAACCAUAUUUUGAUAUAAAAAAAAAUUAAAAGGGUUCGCGCUAGUUGAUUUACCGUCGGCUAUCGGUGUCUCAUCCGCACCGCUUUGUAUAUUCCAUAUUUGCUACUGAUUCAGAUCGGACAAUUGUUAAUAUGAACCUUUUUGCUUAAAAAUAUGAGAUCUAUAACCUGUCUCUGUUUUAUAUAAAUUGGGACACCCUGUAUAAUAUAUGACCUUAGAAAUAGAUAUCUCGAAUAAAAUUAUUAAUAUUAAUACCUAUUAAAUAUUAAAAGACAUUAAUGUGUCACGAGAUAAAUUGGAAUGCUAAAAUAUCUACCAAAAGAGUCCCCUCUCUCUACUUUAAUAAUUAUAUACCUUUAAUAUAUUCAUAUUUUUAUAUUAUAAAAACUUGCAAUCUUGUCUAAUAAUUGUACUAAAUGUUCUCCUUGUCUUCAGCGUCUUCGCUGUCCUCUUCAAAAACUGGCUUUGGCAGCUGGCAGUUCCAUUUUUGGUUUUUAAAGAGUAAUCAAAUCUUGGUUUGGCAAAAAGCUCUUGGAAGCGUAAGGAAUCAUCUGUUGGGGGUAGCCUAAAUAAUACUGUUGAAGAGGCCAUUAUAACUGUUAAUUCAUUAGGAGAAAGAACAUUGGAUGUUAGCAAAUAUAAUUUUAUUACAAUUUUUUUAAUAUUAAACUGAUCCAAAUCUAAAUAUUUAAAUUUUCGGAAUUUAGCAAUGUUACUUUUUUUAAUAUAUACCGCUACAAUAAGGGUAGUUUCCAUCAUAAUCCUAAUAUAUUUAGAAAUGAAAAAAAAAAGCAAAAACCAACUAGAUAAAAAUGUGAAAAAAUAAAAAUUAUAAGCAUGAAAACAAAACGAAUUAACAAAUUGUUACAAUAAAAUGAAAGAAUAAUAAUUAAAUAUUUAAAAAUGAAUGAGACCCUAGAAAGAAAAAAUGAAGUUAUCACCCAACUUAAUGAAUUGUAAAGUUAUUUUCUACAGACCUUCUAUUAAUUUCUUUUUUACAUGUAGAGUAAGGGUUUUGUCUGAUAUUAGGAGGCAAGUUGGACCAGUUUGGACCAACACAAUAUACGAGUAUAUGCUUUUGAUAUGGUAUGCCUGGGAUUUUGCAAGACGACGUUGUUUCAGCUCUACUACUAUUUAGCUCAUGGUUCACAUUUUUUUAUAGUCUGGUUUUUUUUACAUAAAUCUUACGACUGUUUUAAUACAUAAUUGUGCUGGCGUUAGCAAAUUGCUAUCUUUAUGCACUAGUUCUGUGGGAUAUCUUUUAUAUUUGAAGAGCAUUACUUUUAUUUUCCAUUUUUGAAUUAUUUGAAGUUUAGUCAUCUCCGUCGGUACCAGCACCACCCCAUACUACCAUCCCAUAUGUUUAUAUUGACUCUAAAAGUGCAAAAUAUACCGUUUUUAAAGUUAAAAUAUUUCUGUUCAUAAAACUUGUAAAUAAUUUUCUAAUUUUUACUAUCACAUAUUUACUAUAUGCUGAAGUGGUUUUAACAAUUUAAAUCUAUAUUCUUUACAAAUAUGGGGACUAAUAGAAUCUUCUCCUUUUACCCAAUUUUUCAGACUGAAUUUGCUUGAUCAUAUUAUUUUUAGACGUCGGAUUUAGCAUAGAUGGUUCAAGUUUCCACAAUUUACUUUUUUAGCGACUAGCUGUUUUCCAAUUUCUGAA